UGCUGAUGUGUUUGUCCUAUAAACUUAUUAACAGCUCUCGAAUCUCGCAAAGUCUCGCAGUUAGAAGGAAAGACACGGACUUAGCUUAAACAGGUGCUCGAAACAACACGUAUAGUUCACUCUCAUUAUAACGCAUUGAAUUUUUAACACUAAGAGAAAACACAAUAUGGUACCACGAGCGUUGUUGGUGACGGCUUUGGUGUUCCUGGCUGGGCUGGUGAGUGGGGAGGAUUUGGUCUGUACCUCCAACUUUGAGAGGAUUAUCUCUAGCGAUUGUAAGACCCUCCACCGGUGUGUGUGGGGUAAGCCAGUGAGGAUGCCAGACUGUAGCCCCGGGCUCAUCUACAGCCGACAGUUCGGGGUGUGUGUUUACGAGGGCAGCGAGUUUGAUGACUGCGGAACCCAGAAAGCCACGGAAGACCCUUGCACCAGUCAACCGUGCCACCAUGGAGGAGGAUGUAAGACCUCAGAGGACGGCAAAUCCUUCACGUGUCUGUGCCCUGCGGAGUACGGCGGGCCCACGUGCGAGAAAGAGCUCACAAUAGAGGAAAUCUGCAGGACUCAGUCCUACUACCGAGCCCCCCACCCCCAGUAUUGUCAGAUCUACUAUGACUGUACCACCAAAUACACCAGGGUCCCAAUAUACUUCGAGCAACACAUGCGAGAAUGCGAAUACCCUUUGUUGUUCUCGGAGCAAACGUUAAAAUGCGAGAAUUACACUGAAGUGAAAUGUGGAAACAGAACAGAGUAUAAGUCAGCUUGUCAGUAUCUUUCGCACCGGUGUGGAGCAUCAUCCCAUUGUAUGCCUUGUGCUCUUAACCAUCCUAGCUGUGAAGGGAAACAAGAUGGCGUCUAUCAACAUGGUUACAAAUCUGAGUCUCCAUGGUUCAUGGUUUGCAAGGAUGAAAGAUUCGUCUCUGAUGGACUUUGUCCUCCGGAUCCAAUUUUGCACGUGGAGUCACGAGUAUAUGAAGGAGAAUGCACGAGCUUGUACAACAUACCCAAGGACAAGGGAGGAAUCAUGCCCGACUGUUCAGAGCUCGAAGACGGCAGUUACACUGAAGGGGAAGAAGAGACAGAUAUUUACUUCCGGUGCGAAAAAGGGGAAACAACCGUGUUAAGAUGUCCCGCGGGACAGAUCUUCGACAAGGAUACAGAGAACUGCAAAGAAAAAUGAGUGUUUUAAUUUCAAUCUGCUAAUUUAAGAAUCAGUUCAAAAUUUUUUGUAUCAAAUUAUUCAACUAUUAAUCAUAUUGUAAACCCCAGCAAUUUAGAGAAGCGUAAUAAUAAAAUCUGUUCACUAGAUGUUAGGUGUUAAUGCCAAGUUGUGAUUCUGAUGAACGCGACUUCAUGUUGUAUAAGGCUAACUAUACGACCUCCCCUGAAAAAUUAUAUUCCGACUAUUUAUGCUUUUUAACAUUUCUCUGAUGAGCAUAAAAAUCCAUAUUUGUUCCAUUUGCGUUUUUAUUACAAUUUUUAUGAAUGUUUCCAAAUAUUAAUCAUUGUUAAAAUUGUAUCUUAUACUGAGGUUGGGACACACUUUAUGAAUUUCGUGGUUUUGCUUUAUAAAUAUACAAUUAACUGACUGAACAUGUAAAAGAAAAUCGAUGCCCAAUUGUUUCAAGAUUCAACAAAACUUUGAUUUAAAAAGUAUAGUUGAAAAGCCAAUGAUUUUAGACUUCCUUGCAGGAAAUUACUCAAAUUUGACGGAACCUUACAUUAUUUAUUCUGGUAGGAUUUAUCUCUCGUGAGCUGAAAAACUUGUUUACAUUAUGAUUAGAAUGAAUUUAUUUGUUGCAUCCAAAAAAAAGACCCGAAUAAAUCAUACAAGGAAUUUGUUGCAAAUUAAAGUUCUUUUUUUUAAAUUGUUAUUCUGAAAAAUAGAAAUGAAGUACAGAAAGUUUUUAAUUGUAUCCCAUGCUUCAAAUUGUUUUCUUUUAAUUACUUUGUAAUUACUUUGUAUCAGAUAGAUUAUGCAAGGAAAAAGUAUCAGUAUUUGAACAUUAUAAUUGUAAUCAUGCUUCUCUUUUUAAAUCUACACACUCGUUUGUUAAAUUGUCUGUCAUAUUUUGCUAAAAUAAAAUUUCAUUUAUUUAUUUUUA